GACAAAACAAAAGAUUUUCUUCAUUGUACGCCAUCUUGUCUCGGGGCAGCCAGCUGUGCUUUCGAUUUGCUACUCGCGCAAUAUUUCAGUGCUUUUUGUGUGAAAUAGGGGCUAAAAGAUUUUGCCCCUGCCAUUUCUCGUAGGAUUCGUCGUGGAGGUCGCGACAGCCGCAGCGCUGAAAGGAGUAGCCGCAGUUUCGGAGGUGGCAAUUCUAGCUUGAUGCGUCGCAACGAUCGCAAUGGUGGCCGCGUCGAGAAGCGCUUCGAUCGCAUGGAGCGCAACGGGGAAAACCUGCGCAGCAUCCGGUGGGAUCAGGUAAAGUUGGAAGCGUUUCAGAAAAAUUUCUUCCAACCCGCUAGCAGCGUCCUGACUCGCUCGCGGGCCGAGGUGAACCAGUACCUGGACAAGAACGAGAUUACGGUGUACGGGAAGGAUGUGCCCGCCCCAAUUAUGCACUUUCACGAGAGUGGCUUUCCGCAGUACAUGCUGGACGAGUUCCAGCGGCAGGCGUUUAAGGAGCCGACCUUCAUUCAGGCGGUCGGCUGGUCGAUUGCCAUGAGUGGCCGCGACAUGGUCGGCAUUGCCAAGACGGGCAGUGGCAAAACGCUGGCCUACAUCUUGCCGGCCCUGGUGCACAUCAGCAACCAGCCGCGGAUCGCACGGGGCGACGGUCCCAUCGCGCUCGUGCUGGCUCCGACGCGUGAGCUGGCCCAGCAGAUCAAGCAGGUGUGUGACGAUUUCGGGCGUCGCAUGGGCAUUUACAAUACGUGCGUGUUUGGCGGCGCCUCCAAGUACCCGCAGGAGAGCGAUCUUCGUCGCGGGGUCGAGAUUGUGAUUGCCACGCCGGGGCGGUUGAUUGAUUUUCUCGAGCGCGAAACCACCAAUCUGCGUCGCUGCACGUACCUCGUGCUGGACGAGGCCGACCGAAUGCUGGACAUGGGUUUCGAGCCGCAGAUACGUAAGAUUAUUUCGCAGAUCCGCCCCGACCGCCAGGUGCUGAUGUGGUCCGCUACCUGGCCCAAGGAGAUACGCAAGCUGGCGGAAGAGUUUCUGCGGGAUUACAUACAGAUCAACAUCGGUUCGCUGAACCUGGCCGCGAACGAGAACAUCCUGCAAAUCAUCGACUGCUGCGAGGAGUACGAGAAGGAAAAUCGGCUGUUCAAAUUGUUGGAGCAGAUCUCGUCGCAGAACGACGGCAAAACGAUCAUCUUCGUGGAGACCAAGCGCAAGGUGGACAAGAUUGUGAACGUGAUCCGCCGGCAGGGUUGGCGGGCGGACGGAAUACACGGUGACAAGUCGCAAAAGGAUCGCGAUUACGUACUGAACACAUUCCGCCGCUCGACCAACGGCAUCCUGGUCGCCACGGAUGUGGCCUCUCGCGGUCUAGAUGUGGACGAUGUGAAAUUCGUUAUCAACUUCGACUUUCCGAACAACACCGAAGAUUACGUACAUCGUAUCGGUAGAACGGGACGAUCCACUAACAAGGGAACUUCAUAUACAUUCUUUACUCCGGCCAAUUCGUCCAAGGCACCUGAUCUCAUCACCGUAUUGCAGGAUGCUAAUCAGUACAUCAACCCGGAGCUGCAUGAAUAUGCACGUGGCAGUGGUCGUUAUCGUGGAAGUGGUGGUGGUCGGUCGCGCGGAAACAUGAGCGGUGGUCGUGGCAUGGGAGGAAGAAUGGGAGGCGGUAGCCGUUUCAGCGAUUCGAGAUCGGGACGCCCAAAUGAUGGUGGAUACCGCAAUGGCAAUGACGGUCGCGGUGGUGCCUCAUAUCCACGUCGUGACGAUUUUGGUCGGAGCGAUCGUGAUCAUCGAGAUGGAGGUUCGCGGUCUGGGGCCAGCUAUGGUGCGACUGGAGCGGCACGUGCACCGAACGGUGUGGGAACCAACGGAUAUGGCGCUAGUGGCACUCCCGCUGCUUACGGAAGCGAUGACCGUGGUUACGGAGGGCAUUAUGGAAGCGUGAGCCAGCCGCAAGCACACUAUGGGGCCAGUGGCUACCCCGCCCAAGGAUCAGUUGCCCGGCGUCCAGAGUCGGAUCGCUCUCGAGUGCCGGCCAGUGCUGCCAUCGGACUGCCCGUCACUCCCGCAAUGCCUAGUGCCAUCGCGUAUGCUCAUCCAGGAAUGGCAUUGAGCGCUGCGCCGUAUGGUGCUGGGGUAGGAUAUCAGUAUGCUGCCCCACCCCCGACAGCCAUGCCUCGGACCGACGGUUAUCCUCCACGAGGAGUGAUCCCUUCGAUGGCAACGGGUGGCAUGUAAAAAGGAGCAUUGUCAAGAUUUGUACGCGAAAAAUUCCUAUUUUAAACAGCAUCUACAUCAUGGCGACUCGGCUGAUUUGAUUGAAUGCAAACAAAUGGAUGUAUUCUUGUUAGGAGCGCAGGGAGUGAAUGAUUACAUGUACAUCAACAAAACCUCGUAAAUUCGUGACAAUUUUUUUCGGCUGUAUUAUAACGAUAAAUUUGAUUGCAAUAAUGAAUAUGGAAUCAUUUCUACAUCAUGCAAUGCUUAGAACACACUAGCUGUAGGAGUUAUCGUAUACAGAGGGCGCUUAGUUUUAUCUCAACGUUUUAAUUUCAACUCAUAUUUAUGCAACGUAAAAUCUUUUCUGAAUUAAUACAAAUAAAGAACAUUCUUUUAGUUGUAACAUCUGA